AUGGACGCUGCUUCGGCUGCGCAGUUGGAGACUCGGCAUCGGAUUGCACCACAACCACCACCACCACCACCACCAUCAUCGUCGCGGAUCUCGGAAAAGAGUCAGACUCUUCGGAUCAUCACUGACUUGGGCGCAGAAGGGCCCCUUGUCUCUCCACGCAAGCGAAUAUCACGCAAAGACCCUGCCAGCGCUGUCACCCCCUGCGCUUACCAACCCUUGUCAUGUACAGAUAACCCCAAUCACACCCAGUCGAGGUCGACCUCCCUCGCUGUCAACUUCGACGUCUUCAACUGGAGCCCGAGGAGGCAACCUCCUACCUCCAUCAUGGGGACAGCCAGCCAGAGUCUACAAGAAGAGCAGGAGACGCUGAUAAAGGGAAGCCGCCAGUCCUCCGAGGAUCCAUACCCGAGACCGUCGGAAGAAAGCGUGACCACUGCCUCGACAGUCUCUCUUGUUCUCGAGAGCUUAAACUCGGCAGACGCCGUCAAGGAGCCGCUGCAACAACCCUCGAGUUACCGAGACGACGAUAGCGAUCCUGAGUUACCAAGAUUCAACGACAAGAACUUCACAAUUGGCGGCCAACGCAUGUCCAAAGGCCUCCGUCGAGCAAUCUGGAUAGUCUCAGUUGUUGGCAUUAUCGGAUGGAUCUUGGCCGUGGUAAUUUUUGUGGCAGGUGGUCGGUAUAAGCACGCGUCGACGUUGGACUACGACCACGAGACUCCUAUAAAGAGCUCGGCAAAGAAAGUCACCCUCGAGCAAAUACAGUCAGGGCAAUGGUCGCCCAGAUAUGCCAAUAUCGAGUGGACGCCUGGGCCCAAUGGAGAGGACGGGUUGUUGUUGGAAAUCAAUCAGCCGAACCAGGAUUACUUGGUGGUCGAAGACAUCCGAAGUGGCACACCUUCUGAAGUAAAUGCUUUCAAACGCACCGCCCUGGUGAAAAGUGGUUGGAUCAAGUACGGAGGCCAGCAGUUUUGGACGUCGGAAUUCUGGGUCAGCCCAGACAUGAAACACGUACUUCUUAUGGCAAAUCCAGAGAAGGUUUUUCGACAUUCUUUCCUUGGAUUGUAUUUCAUCCUCGACGUUGAGACGCAGAAUGCCCAGCCGUUAGAUCCAGCGUUACCGGACGCCAAGAUUCAGCUGGCUCAGUGGUCGCCCAGAAGUGACUCGGUUGUGUUUACAAGAGACAACAAUCUUUUUCUCAGACAUCUCUCCUCACCCCAAGUGACGACCAUCACUACCGACGGUGGUCCCGAGUACUUCUAUGGUAUUCCCGAUUGGGCCUACGAGGAAGAAGUCUUCGGAACCAACACGGCUACUUGGUGGGCUCGCGAUGGCCAAUACCUGGCUUUCCUACGCACGAAUGAGACUACUGUUCCCGAAUAUCCCGUCCAAUAUUUCCUCUCACGCCCUAGCGGAAAGAAGCCCAUUGAAGGACUCGAGAACUACCCGGAGGUGAAAGAGAUCAAAUAUCCGAAGGCUGGAGCACCAAACCCGGUGGUUGAUAUGCUGUUUUACGACAUCAAAAAAGGCGAGGUCUUCUCCGUGGACAUUGAAGGCGGAUUCCCGGACGAAGACCGUAUCAUUUUCAACAUUGUAUGGGCAGACGAAGGAAAAGCACUGGUCUCUGAGUCGAACCGAGAAAGCGAUCGUGUCAGGAUUGUUCUGGUAGAUGUUCCUUCUCAGUCAGGCCAUACAGUCAGGAUUGUGGACCUCAAAGAUGUCGAUGGUGGCUGGAUUGAACCUAGUCAGCAGGCCAAAUACAUACCUGCCGACCCUGCCAAUGAUCGACCUGAGGACGGCUAUGUCGACAUCAUCAUCUCUGAUAAUGGCAACCACCUGGCUUAUUUCUCACCUCUCAACAGCUCGAUUCCGGUCAUGCUGACCAGAGGCAAUUGGGAAGUGGACGGCGGGCCGGCAGCUGUCGACUUGAAAAACAACUUGGUAUAUUUUGUUGCCGCCAAAGAAGCGCCAACUCAACGCCAUUUGUACAGCGUCAAACUGGAUGGGACAAGCAUGGACUCCCUAGUGCCGACCAAUGAAGCCGCAUACUGGGAGUCCAGCUUUUCUUCUGGAGCAGGUUAUGUGAGCCUGAAAUAUACUGGGCCUGGCAUUCCUUAUCAGAAAGUUGUCUCUACACCAGCCAAUCCUGAGAAAAUCGAGGAAGUGCUUGAAGACAAUCAGGAUCUCGCCAAGAUGGCCUCCUCCCACGAACUUCCGCAUCAAGUGUUCCAGAACGUCACCAUUGAUGGCUACACGCUGCAAGUUGUCGAACGGCGUCCCCCUCAUUUUGACCCCAAGAAGAAAUAUCCGGUCCUCUUCUACCUCUACGGCGGACCCGGUUCCCAAAUGGUCAACCGCCGCUUCCACGUCGACUUCCAAUCGUACAUUGCGAGCUCACUAGGAUACAUUGUGGUAACAGUCGAUGGGCGAGGGACUGGGUUUAUUGGCCGCAAGGCGCGAACCAUCGUCCGCAACGAGCUCGGCACGUAUGAAGCGCACGAUCAGAUUGCCACUGCAAAGCUGUGGGCUGAAAAGCCUUACGUGGACGCAGACCGCAUGGCCAUUUGGGGUUGGUCCUACGGUGGCUUCAUGACCCUGAAAGUCCUCGAGACCGAUGCGGGCGAGACAUUCAAAUACGGCAUGUCAGUUGCGCCCGUGACCGACUGGCGAUUCUACGACUCCAUCUAUACUGAGAGAUACAUGCGGACGCCGCAGGACAAUCCCCUCGGCUACUCAAAAUCUGCCAUCAGCAAUGUCACUGCGAUAUCCCAAAACGUGCGCUUCUUGAUCAUGCACGGCGUCGCAGACGACAACGUUCACAUGCAAAACACCUUGACUUUACUCGACAAGCUUGAUCUAGCAGGAAUUGAAAACUACGAUGUCCAUUUCUUCCCCGACAGCGAUCACUCUAUACUUUUUCACAAUGCGAAUCAUAUCGUGUACGAUAAGUUGGCGAACUGGCUGGUGAAUGCAUUCAAUGGGGAGUGGUACAGGACGGAGGAUCCGAAGCCGAUUGACUUGGGAACCUAA